AUGGGAAACACACAAGGAAAGCCCAUUUCUUGCAAUGAUGCAGUUAACCUCAAUCACUUCCGCCUCCUUCGGGUAGUCGGAAAGGGUGCCUUUGGCAAGGUUCGCAUCGUUGAGAGGAAGGAUACUGGGCUAACGUUCGCCCUCAAAUACAUUCGAAAAGAAGAAGUCGUGCGUUCGGAAAGUGUACGGAAUAUCAUUCGUGAGCGGAGAAUGCUCGAGCACUUGAACCACCCUUUCCUUUGCAAUCUGCGCUACAGUUUUCAGGAUAUCGAAUACAUCUACAUCGUUGUUGAUCUAAUGAAUGGAGGUGAUCUCCGAUUCCACAUCUCCCGCAAAUGUUUUACCGAAGAUGCAGUGCGCUUUUGGGCCGCGGAACUUGCGUGUGCCCUGAGAUAUAUCCACUCCCAAGGCAUCAUUCAUCGAGAUGUAAAACCCGAUAACGUGCUACUGGAUUCAGAGGGCCACGUUCACUUGGCAGAUUUCAAUGUGGCAUCCGAUUUCCGACCAGGAAAGCCCCUCACAAGCAAGUCGGGAACAUUAGCUUAUUUGGCUCCAGAAGUGUAUGAAGGCGGUGGAUAUUUCUUUGAAGUUGACUGGUGGUCUUUGGGAGUUACUUUUUACGAAUGCAUUUACAACAAGCGUCCAUUCGAAGGUCGCAGCCAGGAUACCCUAAGUGAGAAUAUCAAGAAGGCAUCACCCAAGUACUAUGUCACCAACCCCGCGGUGUCGGUCCCCUGUCUACGAGCUUUGAUGGCAUUGAUGGAGCGUGACCGCAGUCGCCGAAUCGGUGCUAUUGGAUGGGAGACCUUUACAGAUCCCCCCGUUUUCCGACCUUCUAGCGAGAAGACAAACUUCGAUGCAACAUACGACCUGGAGGAACUCUUAUUGGAGGAGGCACCCUUGGAAGCCCGAGCCCGUCGACAGAAGCCGCGUGCAGAACUACGCGACGAUGCCACGGCCAAGGAAAUCCGAGAGGACGAGCUUCAUCGCCUAAUCGAGACUAUGUUUGAACCAUUUGACUACACCACCGUCGAUUACCAAGGCAGUGCCGCCGAAGCCAUUGCCGCGGUAAUAAACCCCGAAGAAUGCCUCCCUACCGCAACUACCACCAACGUGGCCACCAAAAUAAACACAUCCCAUGUCCGACAACACUCUCAACAUGAACCGAUCGUUCGCAAUUCACCACUCAACGAGGGACCGGCUUACCGGGUACCUCAAAGCGAGGCGACUACACCGGCUAGUGAAAAUCUAGACCCAAAUGACUCGGCAUCAAUUGGCCAGCCACCUUCACCUUCAACUCUCGCAUCCGCCUCUCCUCCGCGCCAACCUCCCUCUUUCCACCGUCCUUUACCACCACCUCCUCGGCGGGGCGCCGGCGGGGCGACCCGAAAAAUGAGCAAGGGAGGAGGUGUACAAAUGGUCUUGGAGGAAGCUGGGAGCUGGAGCGAGCUAGCCAAUCACAGCUCUACUCUCCCUGCAGAAGGCUUGGAGGGUGAUCCAGGCAAAGGAAAGGGCACAAACAGUGGAAUGCUCUCGUUCCUCAGUCGUAAGAAGGGUCGUGACCGCAGUCCCAAGCCCACAGAGCCAGGUGUUCUGGGCAAAGAAGGAGCUCGGCAAAUCAUCAGCUCAUAA